GAGUAGUAUUCUGGUUCUUGUUCUCGUUCCUAAUAUCUGGUUUUUGGUUUUCGUGCGGACUCUGUCUCGUUCAGUUGUUCUCUUUUUUUGUCACCUUUGGAUAUUGCAGUACACGUCUCUUCUUAAACAACUUCAAUCGCUUUUUUUCUCUCUGUCUCUUUGGCUCUCUCUGUCUUAUAUAUAUCAAACAAAUAAUAUUUGUACUUUUUUUUGUUUGUUUGUUUUUUUACUUUGUUGUUAUAUCCUUAUACAUAAUCGUUUUCAGAAGCUAUAUAAAUCUAUCAGAUACUCUAAUUUCGGUGAAUAAUAUCUCUUUCAUGGUGCUAUUAUUGUUGCUUUAUGUGAUCGUUUGGUAUGGAUUUGCCACACUCUUGCAAAGAAUGGUUGAGGAUCCUCUAUGUGGUGUUUGCUUUCUGCUCUGCUCUCUGUCUGGGUGCUCUCAAAGGUUUACUUGUGGGUCCUAUUGCUGCUCUGAUACUGGUAAUAGGGAAUGUUGGGGUAAUUCUCAGUUUGUUUCCUUCACAUGCUGCCUGGACAGUUUACAGCCUAAUAAAGACUAAUAGAUUUGAUGUACCACUUAAAGUUGCUAUCUUGGCUGGUUUACCAGCCUUGUUUGGUUUAUGGUUGGGUCUAAGCAUUGCCGGGAGUGUUCUUGUGGGGGUGGGGUAUGGAUUCUUCACUCCAUGGGUUUCUGCUUUUGAGGCCUUCAGAGAGGACAAUGAGUCCAAGAAAUUCAUACACUGUAUUGUGGACGGAACAUGGGGCACCAUUAAAGGAAGUUGUACAGUGGUUAGAGAUUUUGCAGACAUAUGUUACCAUUCAUACCCACUUUACCUGGAGGAGUUGCGGGAAUCCCCUGCUUCAAAUGAGCUUCGAGCUCUUAGGUUAAUUCAUGUACCUGCAUGCAUCAUUGCUGGGUUAAUGGGGCUAAUGGUGGACAUUCCUCUUUACACUGCAAUUGCUGUUGUGAAGAGUCCAUAUAUGUUGUUCAAGGGCUGGUUUCGACUGAUACAUGAUCUAAUUAGCCGAGAAGGCCCAUUUCUUGAAACAGCUUGCAUCCCCAUUGCUGGUUUGACAAUCCUUUUGUGGCCAAUUUUUGUAGUGGCGAGUAUCUUAAUAGCGAUUUUUUCAAGCAUUUUCAUUGGAUUGUAUGCUUCAGUUAUAGUAUAUCAGGAAAGAUCUUUCCGGAGAGGUUUAGCUUAUGUGAUUGCAAUGGUUGCUGAAUUUGAUGAGUACACGAAUGAUUGGCUCUAUCUUCGAGAGGGGACUGUCCUUCCAAAGCCCCUGUAUCGAAAGAAAAGUAUUGCUCAAUCAUCCGAGUUUUCUUUUAGAGGGAAUCAUGUGGCUGUAGGCAAAAUCAAUUCUGUUUCCACAGAAGCACCUGCAAUGCUUAUGCCAAGCUUAGCUAAUUCAAGAUCAGUUAUAGAGACCAUACAAGAAGUAAAAGUGGUACAGAUUUGGGAAAGUAUGGUGAGGUAUUGUGAAAUGAGGGGCAGAGAACUUUUGGAUGCUGAUGUAAUAACAACAGCUGACCUCUAUGAAUGGUUGCAGGCAAAGAAUAGUGAUGAAGCAGCCAUUAUUAGUGUUGGCUUGCCUUGUUAUUCUUUCUUGCAGGCUCUUCUCAAUUCCAUCAAAGCCAAUUCAGGUGGUUUGUUGCUGCUUGAUGGUGUUGAAGUAACCUACUUCAAUAGACCAAAGGAAAAAUUGUUGGAUUGGUUCUUUAAUCCUGUAAUGGUCCUAAAGGAACAGAUUAGGGUCAUAAGAUUGGGAGAGGAUGAAGUGAGGUUCUUGGAAAAAGCAGUUCUGUUCGGAAGCAACACACAACGCAUGGAAGCGUGGGAAAAUGGAAGUUUAGCACCUCAAGAUGCCCUCAGAGCUGCUCAAAUCCAGGGUAUUAGUAGAAGGAUGAUUGGAAUGAUAAGAAGUGUAUCAAAGUUCCCCACUUACAGAAGAAGAUUCCGUCAAGUUGUGAAGGACCUGAUCACUUAUUCCCUAGAGAAGGAGCAUUGCAGCAGAUCAACUUCAUUAAGAUCAGUUGUCUCCGUUUAAGAUGAUGAACUUCAACUUAGUGUCUUUUGCUCUUUUGUAAAAAAUUAAAAAUGCUUUUAGUUUGUGAAUUCUUUAGGUUAUCAAUUGCUGUAAAAAUAUAUUGAUCGAGGUUGAAAUGGAAUCAAUUCAUACCGCACAA